UCGGUUCUCCUGGGAGAGUUCGGCAGGUACAGACCAGAGGGAACCCGCCCGGCCGACGUUAGUAGGCUGUUAUCUUUUUUGGUCAGGAAAAAAGGUCUCCAAUUUCAGCAAGCGCGGGGGCGAUCCCGGCGUCAGGGCGGAUGGAAUCGUCGAAGCGCGUGUCUGACUGGUCGGUGGACGAGGUGUUGGAGUGGGUGGAGCAGCAGUUCCCGGGUCAGCAAAGCACGCUGCAGACGGCCUUUCUGCAGCACGCGGUGUCAGGCCGAGCGCUGCUGCGGAUGAGGGGGCACCACCUACACCACCUGGGGGUGGAGGCCCCGGCCCAGCAGGGCAUCCUGCAGGACAUCCUGCUCCUCCGGGUGCAGCAGGAGCUGGACAAUCUCAACGACAUCUUCUCGGAAUGCUUUGCUUCAUGAAUGAAGACCCACAACAGCCAAAACAUUUCUGCCAUGCCAGACAUCAUUUGCCUUCCAAAUCCGAUCCCAGUGGAGGAAGAGUGCACUGGAGAGACUGACAAGAAGGGAGUGAGGGACUGAUUGAGCAGGUCAGCCAGAUCGCAGGCACGCAAGUGAGCAGCAGAAAGACAAUUCGCCCGUUUCCUGUGUGAAAUCGUGUCCUGUUCUAGAGAGACCAGACUAUGCUGUUUUGGUCCGGGUUGUGUCCUCUCUCUCUCUCUCUCUGUCUCUCUGUCUCUUUGGAGUGCACUGGCUGGCAGCCAUUUCAGCGGAGGAGAACAUAAUUUCCCACAGCUUGUCUGCCACCCAGCCCGCCUCCCACUAAUCAUGACCAGUCGCAAAUGGACUUUUUGGGCCUUUUUGUCCAUCACAACCACCAUACAUCUGGCCUAUAGAGUAACGAAGUGAGCUGUGGGAAAGAGGAGCAAAAAGAUAACUACACAAACAGGAAUGAGAACUAUAAGAGAAUGAGGCAGUUAGUGUCGAGUUCCCAAGUAAAGUCAUUCAAGAAGAGGUUGGAGUGGUUGUCAAGGUUCGGACCAUCUUAGACUAAUGUUCAACCCAAAACUGCGCUCUCCAUAAUGAGAACUGAUGGAUACGAUAUGCAUCUGUGUUUAUUUAACCAUCGGUAUCGCUUUCAAAAUAUCAGAUACAAAAUACUUGGGAGAUCGUAAUCUCUUCACAAUGCCAUUGCCGUUCACUGCCUGAAUAAAAACAUCCAAACUUAGAAUUGGUUUGGACAAUAACGCAUACAAAAA